AUGGAACUUUUAACUCAUUUGGGCAUUCUCGUGGCGCCAAAUCCAACAUUCGAGUCGGCGCUCUAUAAAGCACGCGGGUACAUAACCAUGUGGUUUUUGUUCAACCUCUGCACAUGGUACCAUUCCAUUUCCUUGGUGAUGUCUGUUACUGGUAUAUGUUUUCCAGAAUUGGCUGAGUAUACCAAAAGAAUGGCAGGUUUUGUUGUUUGGGAGGUUUUGAUCUUCUUUAGUGAACUCAACCGAGUCAGCGUCGAAGUCAAGGGCGACGAGAUUGACCCUUUUUCAGCAGUGUUCAUGGCCAACCACCAACUGCUAGCUGACUAUAUAGCCUUGGCAGCAGUGGCCCAUAAGUUUAGGAAAGGAGAAAACGGCGCUAUUCCAUGGGAAUCGGUGCCGCAGGUCAAUUUCUUCACCUGGUUUACUUUGGCCAGGGCUCCAACAGUCAAGGCGUUAUUUAACAUGACUCGUUGUGACGAAAACUGGGAAUUGGCACAGCUGCAAAGCGAUAGAAUGUUUAAACGGGUCAGAGACUCCAACGCUCCAGAAUGGGUGGUGCUCUUUCCAGAGGUGAAUAUCUGGACAAGCGAAACGUCGUACUUGCAGUCGAUCCAGGCCCAUAAGUACUUUUUGCCUGAAAUGAGACUGGUGUUGUACCCUAGGUUUUCCAACUUCUCCAAUGCCAUUUGGCUGUUGAGAGGGGAGAAGGUUACCAGGAAAGCAGCCAGGUUCUCGACAUUGUAUGAUGUUCUGAUCGUGCACAACAAGCCGGUGACGCUUCUUGAGUACUUUUCAUGUAAAGAGCCCCAUGUGGUGACGAUCCACGUCAAGAAGAAGCUGUUGGAUAAGAUCCCGCUUAGAAAGCCCAAGAUGGAGAAAUGGCUUGAAAAGACGUGGGUCGAAAAGAACAAGCUUGUAGGUUCGCUUACUCGUCUUGCAUCAAGUGAAUAG